AUGAUUCUCUUUGUGUUCCGAUAUUUAAUUAUUGAAAAAUGGCUUAUUAAUGAUAUCAGUGAGAAAGCGGUGCUGAUUACAGGGGCUGGAUCGGGGUUUGGAAAAGCUUUUGUGGAGAAAUGUUUAGAUGAAGGAAUGACGGUAUUUGCAGGUUGUCAUCGACAGGAAUCAGCUGAUGAACUGACUAAAGAGUUUAAAGCGAGAAAGGGUCAACUCGAAGCAUUUCAAAUGGAUGUUACUUCCAAUGACAGUGUUCAGAAAGCGAGGGAUUUCGUCGAAGAAACGUUAAAAAAUCUCAGCAAAGAAUUGUAUGCAGUUGUGAAUAACGCUGGUGUGUAUGAAGCUUCUAUAACUGACGACUUUUUGAACUUAGAUGAUUACAGAAGAAUGAUGGAAGUGAAUACCUACGGAAUGAUAAGAGUGACGCAUGCAUUCAAACCUAUGAUCAAGCAUUCGAAGGGCAGGAUAAUAGUCUGUACAUCUGUUGGUGUGAAAAUACCAGCCCCUUGCUUCAUUUCGUACACUGUUAGCAAAUUCGCUUCCGACGGCUACGCCAAAUCGCUAAGGCAUGAACUAUACGACUUCGGUGUGAAAGUGAUUACUGUAGAGCCUGGAGUGUUCCGCACGAAACUAAAUGAAAUAUCAAAAUUUAUGAACGUGCUAAACAAUAAGUGGCGAUUAGCAUCUAAGGAGCUUAGAGCAGAAUACGGCGAAUACUGGUACAUCAGAGCCAAGCGAUACCUCAUUCACUUAUACGAGAGUGCCCCAUCAAACGUUACUCCAGUGACAGAUGCAUACUUCCACGCAGUCGCAGCUAAAUUUCCCUUGCUACCGACUGUAUUCUUGGCUCCCCUUGGCUCUUCAAAAUUGGAUAUUAGAAAGAGGCUUGCACCAUUACGGCUUUGCAACACCAUUCAGUUGUGA